AGCUCGAGAUGCUGCGUACGCUCAGAGCAGUACAUUCCGCCUGGGUGAGAUCUGUUGGUGCUGCUGUAUUCCGUGCCGAGUUGUAAACAGCAAGCCACAAGCUUCUCACAUUAGAUCGGUCCGUCCGUCGGGCUUCGACAGGAGCUAAAUAACAAAGAAACUAAUUAAACUGUCAUUGGAAGUGGCGAUGACGCGAUAUAAUAUAGAACUGGAAAGUAAAUAUACUGUAACCAGCAGUGUUUUGGUGCUCGCCUUUUGAGAAACGUUUGACACGUUUUACAUUUUUGCUUGUGAUUGUUCCAGGAGAAAUGACGAAGGGAAAUAAAAGUAAUGUGGUUUUGAAGUGGUGAAGAGAAUUGGGAUAAAACUGACCGGUGGAAGUUAAACACGAAACAGCUAGGAGGCCGAUAGGAAUCAGGUCCACUAAACCUGCCAUCUAAAAUUGUACAGAAAUUACGAUCGCGUAUCGCGCAUCCAGCCUCUGUGGUAAAUAAAGGUACAAGUAAGAAGAAGGAUAAAAUAGCUGGCGAAACCUACACUCCUGCUGCACGCAAAGCGCGAUAGCAUUACGCAGCGCUUGAAAAGGCAUCAUUGCACUAGCUGUUGUGUGUUAAACUCGUUUCUUUGCACGACGCAAUCAAUGCCACAACUUCAAGCAAUUUAAAUUAUGUAUAAAACCAAGCAUGUUAAGCGGGUAGGUUUACCACAACGAGAAAUUUCAAUGUACAUGAUUAAAUUAAUCUGUGGCAAACAUGAUGUGUUAAAAAACCAAAUAUGAGUGUAUGUUCUCAAAAGUGUAUGCUGUUUAUCUAAAAUCAUCUACAACGAAUACGGUACUACUGCUUUUUCACCGAUAACAACACCGACAACAUUAUUCGUACAUUUCGGAUGAUGUUUACAUUUUCUUAAAUCGACAUAAGAGAAAAGUGUUUGUAUUUGAAAUACCAAUCAAAAUACCUGAUUGAAUGAAAGUGUUAAAUUUAUAAAACCCACUUGUAUGUGGCAAUAGUGUAUGUUUUGUAGAAGUGCUGAGAAAGUGAAACCAAUACCAACGAAACAGGUUAUUGUUUAUAUAUAUUUAUUAAACCCCCUUAACGGGUGUUAGUGUUUUGCGAAACAAGCUGCUAUGCAAGUGUGUUUAAUGUGUCACAUAAGAAGUGUCAAGUAACUAAACUAAUGCGUGAUGUUUAAGAAAAGAAAAUCAACUUCCAUAACAAGCGCUACGAUGGCCGUCAACACACAAAAUAGUCACAGUUGGAUUAUUUUGCUAUGGAUUGUUACAUUCAUUCUGAGUACGUGUAGUAGCAACAAUGUGUUGGGCGUUGCAGUAGGACAAGGAAUUCCAACAUGGAUAUCCUUAGGCAUAAAAUCUCCUUUCAUUGUAUUCCGAAUGGAGCAUGAGGUGUUGUCAAACAAUAGCGUAAUGCUAAAUCUUACCGACAUCAGGAACAAAUUGAAAUCCGUUCAAAACCUCGACCACUUCAUCAGACCUGUCGACGGAAAUGAUGACGGAAAAAUCACGAGAAAAGAUCCGUUAUCAAACAAGGGUUUAACGGGUGGAAAGUUAAGCAGUAAUUCACCCUUAGCUUCGUCACCAGUAUUCGGUACCGAGAGUGCUUUCAGUACUGGAAAUAUUUCGAUAACGUUCCUUACCACAGUGGCUCCGCCUUUUAUAAACUACUUUGAGAAAAGUGUCAAUGAUGAUAAGGAGCAUGAUGUGCGAUCCGUACUGACUGUGAGGAGUAAACCUUCGUCCUCAAAUGUAGUAGAUGCGGGGGAUCAUAUGAUAUCUGACGACGAUGGAAGGAAUGGCAAAAAAGACCGCAAGUAUAUCAUUCCACUGGCAUUGAAAACAUCCACACACGAAAAAGAAAAAACAUCUUCGGUAUUUCAUGGCUCAUCAACGAAUAUCGACGACCUAAAACGUCAUAUUUUGAUGUUACAAAAUCUGACCCAAUCCGAUAAAAACUUUCAAAGCAAAUUUGUAGUAUUUCCCUCGCUGCAGAAGAACGAAACCGAACGAGUCAGGCUGGUUGCCCCGACUACAGCUCCUGCAACGGCUUCACCGCGUCAUUUGUUCAUAGCAGCAGGAUCCGCUAUAAAGGACUCAAAUGAAUACCGAAUGUUUGCUUCUCCAAACCGUGGUAAAAGUUCGAAAGCGGAUACAAAUAUCACAAACAAUCGAUCGGUGGUGCGGUCACAGAUCUCUGCUUCGAUCAAUAUGCCAAAGAAAGCAUUCCCGGACUCGCACGACAUAUUGUCUGACAGAAAAGAGGAAGGACCGGUACCGUUAAAAACAGAAAAAAUUACUAUAGUACCGCAAGUCUUUGUGCAGAACGAUCAAAGAAGUGAAACAGUCAGCGAUAAGGAGGUAACCAUGAACGAACCCUCCGGGCAGGUUAUUGCUGAUAGUAUCAAAAUGUUGGGUACAUAUCAGUUUGAAAAUUCUACAACAUUUUCUAAGAUGCACGAGACGUUGGAAAAAAGCGUAGCCAGAAAGUUUGGUCAUAAAUCAAUGGCAUCUACUAAAAGUACGACAACAAGCAUAAAUGGUAGAAACAUUCAAACUGGUCCUACCACUCCACAAAUGAAAAGCAGUAGUAUUACGAUUAAAAGAAAAGGAUUCCCAGUCACUGCGGGAUCUGUUGCGAUCGAAAGGCAGCGAUGGGACAUGAAUGGAUCGAAGUUAAAUUAUACACCAUUGCCCUCGGUAGCUACAACGUUAAAAGACGAAGGCAAAGACAUAAAGCAACGUAAAAAUGGUAAGCGGCGACGUGGAAAGCAAACCAUCAGACUCAAUGGGGCAAACGAACAGUCGAAAACGGUAAUAUUGAACGACGACGCUACGGUAUUACAAAUUGAUGGUAUCGAGCGUAGCACCAUUGACGCCACUCGACAGGAGAUGGCCGAUGUAAGACCUACGAAGCCUGGACGUUCCUCCGGAAGCCGGAAGAGAUCUCCGUCUUCCCGAGUGCGACGCAAUGAUAAUGAUGCAGGUGGUGGUGGAAUGCGACAGGGAUCCUACAAACAGCAAAAAUACGCAGCGACUGGACGUUUACCCGUGUCGACGAGCAGGGAAGGACGUAUUGAAAAAAUAAUGGUGGCAGCAGGUUCUUUGGAACUGUUUGGUGCCACAACGGAGCAACUCACGGGUGAAGGAUCCAUUGAAAACAACAAUAGAAGUCACAAUUACCGUAAUAGGACUUUAUCGGCCGAUGGCAAUGAGAAAGAUGUUGUGGAUUUAAAUCCUGAUCUAUGUUACACACUCAGUGCGCUAAGUGGCGGACAACAGAAGCUGUGUGCUCAGCACACGAGCAUUAUGCCUGCAAUCAGUAGAGGAGCUCGUGCGGCCAUACAGGAAUGCAAGCAUCAGUUCCGGAAUCGAAGAUGGAAUUGCAGUAUAGUUAAUGAUGAUACCGUGUUCGGGCCAGUAUCAAAUAUAGGAUCCCCAGAGAUGGCUUUCAUCUACGCAAUGGCUGCGGCUGGAGCGUCCAGUUUUAUUGCUCGGGCAUGCCGCGACGGGCAACUGGCUUCUUGUGGAUGCUCCCGAAGUAGUCGACCAUCUAAGCUUAACGAAGACUGGACCUGGGGUGGCUGCGGAGACGAUAUGGAAUAUGGCUACAAAUUUACACAAACGUUCAUCGACAUCCGUGAAAAGGAAAAAAAGCGAGGCACGCGUGGCUUGGUAUCAAUUCCUGCCAAAUAUCCGAAAAUAAUCGAACGUCUCUUACAUGCCUUGAACGACUCAACCAAAUCUGGGGUAAUGCUGAAUGAGACGGACACGAUACUUCGACCGGAGGAUCUAGAAAAGUUACAGGAUAAAAUAGCAAAGGAGAUCGCCAACUCAAACCUUAAUCCGAAGGAAAUAACCGACCUACAGGAACGGAUUAACAAGGAAAUCACCAACUCCGAGGUAUUCAACCUGAAAAACGUCAACAUUUAUGAUAAAUUGAAAAAGAUAUUCAGAAAACCAGAGAAAACGCUCAAUGGUGUACAGUUUAGUGCGUCGGCCAAGGCACGAGCGCUGAUGAAUUUGCAUAAUAAUGAAGCUGGUCGUAGGGCCGUCAUAAAAAAAUCACGCAUUAUCUGUAAAUGCCAUGGAGUUUCGGGUUCGUGCAGUUUAAUUACAUGUUGGCAGCAGUUGACAUCCAUUAGAGAGAUUGGCGACUUCUUGCGAGAAAAAUACGACGAAGCAACGCAGGUUAAGAUGAACAAACGUGGUCGAUUACAGGUAAAAGAUCCACGGUAUAAAAUACCUUCUGCUUUAGACCUUAUCUAUCUAGAUGAGAGUCCAGACUGGUGUCGGGCGAAUCGACAACUCAUGUGGCAAGGAACGCAUGGUCGGGUGUGUAGCAAGACUUCCUCUGGGCUGGACGGGUGUUCAAUACUUUGCUGCGGUAGAGGAUACAACACAAAGAAGAUCAUCGUGAAAGAACGAUGUAAUUGUAAAUUUCAAUGGUGCUGCCAGGUGAAAUGUGAGAUCUGUACAAGAACUAUCGAGGAGUACACGUGUAAAUAAUACAAAAUAUGUACGAAUAAUCAGAAUGCGCUGAAGCAUUUUUCGUGACGCGAUUUACAGGAACGGAGCAUUUGCGACAAAAGAAUAUUCGUUAUUCAGCUAUGUAGAUUCUGCUCUCUCUGUUUUUAUCGAAUAACUCCAUAACGAACAGAUUAUCGACACACAAUCAAGGCAUAAUGUCUUAGACUGACCACACGAAUACCAACGACGUUACUUGUUUUCGAAUCAUUCCGCUAGACAUGUUAUAAAUUCAUUUUUAAAUGACUUUAUGCAACAUGCCCAUGUCUUGUCUCAUUCUGUAAAGCUUUAGGUACCCAAUAGUAAGCUGUAAAUAUCAGCUUUUUCUGUGCGUGUUAAGAACAUCUCUAAUCAAACAAGAAAGCAGUAUUAUUAUAUGCAGUUUUACUUAAUGCAUUAAUUUAGUAUUCAUGCUCAUAUAUUUGAUAAAACUGCUAUAGAUAUUAUGGAUAUAACAAAUAAUUCAUGUAAAACGUCGGCCCAUACAUGGAAGGUUGGGAUAAUCUUAUUUUAUUCCAUAUUUCGUCAACAGCAUGUAAAGGAUCCCAUUGUAGAUAUUGAAGUGUUGCUAGCAAAGAUGAAAAUGAGCACAGUUAAUCUAGCUUUUUAACAUAUAUAGUCAUAUAGUCACAGAUUUUGUACAACGCGUAAAUUUUAAAACUAGACGAAUGUUUUUCUCUUGUGAAUAGGAAGUAUCUGUUCUAAACUUCACAUUUUUUCAGAAUUUGGUAGCUAAAACAUAAAUAAAAUGUAUACAUGAAUAGACGAAAGGCUAAAAUGCAUUUUGAGUGAUAUAACCUUAGGAGCACUUUUGACGAAUUAUUAUUUUUAUUAUUAUUAUUAU